AUGUUCUCAAUAUGACAUUUCUAAUAUAUCCUCGAGCUAAACAAUUGAAACGUGAUGUUAGUGUAUUAUUAAAAAAUCAUGGUGAAGCAAUUAAAUUAAUCAGUAUUGAAGCGGAAAAAUCUUUAACAACAACAUUUCGUUGUGAAAUUAAAUUAAAACUAAUUGUUAAAACUACUCAUGAAUAA